AUGGGAGCUGAAUUGAAAGACAAGAAGCAGACGAGAAGUGGCAGAGAGUCCGGUAUCUUUGCUAGACUCUGCGGCGGCCGCCAUUUAUCUGACGGAGGAGACCAUGACAUCGAAGGUUGGGUUGAGAGAAAAUGCCGUAGCUGCAUCGAUGCUGGAGUCCCUACCGCCGCCGCCUCCCCUCCUCCACCACCACCACCACCGCCGCCGCCGCCUCCAGUGGAGGAGCAGAAGCCAGCAGCCGCUGAAGAGCAAAGCAAGAAGUGA